UUUUAACCUUUUGUCAUCUUUAGCAAACAAACAUCACUUUAACUAAAAAAAGGAAAAACACUCAAUUUCCCACACUCUCGAAUUCAUCGUUGACAUUCUCGAGUCGUAAUUGUUGGGAAUACGUCCGAAUCAUGAGUAGCGACUCCGAUGAGGUAAAAAUCCAAUUUUUUUUUUCAAAAAAACCCAAAACCGCUCAACCUAAGGCAAUUUUCGGUUGUACCAUGGACCAACCGAAAAUUGCCUUAGGUUGCACCAUGGCUCAACCGAAGCCAAUUUUCGGUUGUACCAUGGCUCAACCUAAUGCAAUUUUCGGUUGGUCCACGGUACAACCGAAAAUUGCCUUAGGUUGAGCCAUGGUACAACCGAAAAUUGGCUUCGUUGAGGGGUUUCGGAAUUUUUUUGGAUUUUUUUGUUUUAUAUCAAUAAUUUUCUAUUCUUUUACUACAAUUUAUGGUUCGGUCCAUAAGAUAAAUGGAUUUUGGUUUAUAUUUUUUUAGAUUUAUGGAAGGGGAGGGGUUGUUUGUUUUGUGUUUGAUUUUGAAAUUCAAAAUGGGCAAUUCGGUAAAUUACAUAUUAAGUUAGGACGAUGGUUAGUCAUUUUUAGGACGACCUUUAACCAUUCAGUAAGAAAAAUGUAUUUCUUAAAGCUUUGAAACUAUCAAAGAUUUCCACAAUUCUUGGAGUCGAGUAUUCUUAAAAUACGUGGGUUCUGAUCUGAAGUUCAUGGUCUCUGUAAUUUAAACGAGGACAUGUAUUAUCAAAACUAGGGAACGGAAGAAUACAUGAUAGCAAAACGAAGUAUGGUUUUGAAUACGUGAAUGAUCAAAGAAUACUCUGGGUUCCAAACCUUAGUAGGUUAUCUGACACUCUAAAUCCUUUGGUUUUCCUGUUAUGAAGGUAAUGGAAGACGACCAAGAAAUCGCGGCAUAUAUGUUCAGAAGAACAGUUCCUUCCAUGCAUUUAACCCCUGAAGAUGUUCGAUGGAUGGUUGGAGCAUGGAGAGACAGGAUCAUCGUUUGCACGGGGACAUACGGCCCAUCCCAGACACUAAUCAAAGCCUUCUUGGACUCCGGGGCCAAAGCGGUCGUGUGUCCAUCCGCAGACCCCAUGGACAUCCCGGUGACCACUGCCAGUGGAUCGGGAUGCGACCUCAACUCGAUGGAGAACGGGAAGUUUGAGAUCGGGGAGGAGGACGAAGCCGAGAGCGAGGACAUUGAGCCUCCCAGCCCUGCCGCCAGCGACUGGGAGGACAGCGAACCGGAGAGAGGGUGCAGCGCCUAUUCGAUGGGUUUCUGGGACGAUGAUGAGGACAGGCUAUCUCAGUUCCUCAGCAUGCUGUACGAUUUGCUGUUCCGGGAAGGGGCGAGCAUCGAUGUGGCACUGCGGACUGCUCUGGCCAGCCAUCGUCGACUCAGGUAUUCUUGCCAUCUCCCCGGUAUGCAUCGACUCUGAUCUGAGUCAUUAGUACUAGGAGGGUGACGAGCAAAAGACACAAAGAGAAGUGUGGUUAGGUUAUACAGAUUUAAAGAGUGAAGGGUGCAGGGAAUAAUAAGAAUAUGUUUAGAUUGUUAGGUCAUAGUGUUGUAACGGAAUAAUCAAACGAAGAGUAAAAAAGAACAUCCAAUUUUCUGAGGCUAUCGAGAGGGAAACUUCAGCAUUCUGUAAUAUACAUUUAGAUAAAAA